GAAACCCAGACCAGUAGAUAGAAAGUCACCGGGAGUGAGUGAGAGGAGGGCUGCGCUCUCUGUCUCCAAAACAUUUACGCACGGCCGCGGCAGCAUUCCGCCUCUCUGUAUUCCCCACCGUCAGUCAUUUUACCAACAUCCGCUGUCUCCCUCUGAAGGACCGGAGCAGAAGCCCGUACCACACGUACCGAGCAGCUUCAGUCCCAAACCACCGUGCUUUGCAUGCGGUGAGCAAUUAAAGCGGGAGAGGAAGAGGAGGACGGAAGUUUUUUUUUUUUUUUUUUUUUUUUUUUUUCUCGUGGAGAGCUCAGGGCGCAUCGGGACUGAAUGGUUGAGCCCAGCCCUCCAGCGCUGCACCUCCACUCCAGCGGGGAUGUCAGCAUGGUGGGUGUUGGUGUCAAAGUAGAACAAGAGGAGUCCAGUAGAGGAAGUGGAGUCAUUACCAAUGCUGAACCUCCUAAGACAUCUCCCUCACGUGAUUGGUCAGGAAAUCAGCCGCUGGAGGCCCGCCAACUGACCCCACCGCUGUCCCGCUCCCCUUCGGAGGGCUCUCCGGGUAAAGAGCUGCCACACAGGAGAAGCCCGGUGGGAUUGAAAGAGGUCAGGAUGCAUGACCGACCAGAAGGACAAUCCAGCUUCAAAGAAGUAAUGCCUACCAUUGAGAAGCUGCUGAAUGCUGACUGGAAGGAGAAACUUCUGGAUAAAAGCACAGUGGGGGCAGGACAACUGAAAGGUACCCCAGAGUCUCUGGCAGAGAAGGAGCUCCAGUUGUUGAUGAUGAUCAACCAGCUGAGCGGUCUGAGGGAACAGCUACUGGGAGCCCAUUCAGAGCAGAGGAACAUGGCUGCCCUGCUGCUGGAGAAACAGCAGCAGCAGAUGGAGCUUGCUCGACAGCAGCAGGAACAGAUUGCCAAGCAGCAGCAGCAGUUGAUCCAGCAGCAGCACAAGAUAAACCUGCUUCAGCAGCAGAUUCAGCAGGUGAACAUGCCCUAUGUGAUGAUCCCGGCUUUCCACCCCAACACCCAGCCCCUCUCGGUCACCUCUGACCCCCAGAUGACCUUGCCACUGCAACCAAUCCCCUGCAAGCCAGCCGUGGACUAUCCCAUGCAGCUGCUGCCCAACCCUAACCCCACCCCUCUCAAGAGGAGCAGUGGCUCUUUCCGACAGGAAGCCAGUCAGCCCUUGAACCUGACCUCCAAGCCAAAAGGGCUGGAGCUGGGGAAAACACCCAGUCCGCAGAGCAUGGAGCUGGGAUCACUGGCACUGCAGGGGGCCUACAGAACCAGAGAUCUCCAGAGAGAGGUGUCCCACAGCCCACCACGAUCUGCUCUGAGUUUCCUUGGAGACGGCGAUGUGGUCACCCAGGCCAUCCAUGAUGCCCAGCAGCUCCUGCGGAACCACAGCACCGGAGGGCGAGAGAGGGAGAGAGACAGAGACAGAGAGAGAGACUCAGUUGGAAAAAUGGAGUAUAAAGAUUCUCCUCGUGGUGGGAGAAUUUCACACUCAGAGCGAGGUGAAGACAGACAAGCUCCGCUGUCCACUGAGGACCACCUCAGCAGUGACUCUGAGGGUGCCCUGCCCGUCUCAGUCCCAGGUGGCUACGCUGAGGCCCGGCCCCCUCCCUCCUCGGGCCACAUCAAGAGACCCAUGAAUGCCUUCAUGGUGUGGGCCAAGGACGAGCGCAGGAGGAUCCUGCAGGCCUUCCCUGACAUGCACAACUCCUCCAUCAGCAAGAUCCUGGGCUCCAGAUGGAAGUCCAUGUCCAACCAGGAAAAGCAGCCUUACUAUGAGGAGCAGGCAAGGCUGAGCAGGCAGCAUCUGGAGCGCUACCCCGAUUACAAGUAUAAACCCCGGCCCAAACGGACCUGCAUCGUGGAGGGACGGAGGCUGAGGGUGGGCGAGUACAAGGCCAUGAUGAAGAGCCGUCGGCAGGAGCAGAGAGCAACCUACACACACAGUCAAACGGAACCACAGCCAAUCCACUAUGCCCACAGCGAUGGCCAGUACCCGGGAGGUGCCGGCUCGGUCUCUGUGGCAACCAUGCCCUUUCACCCCGCAUUACUGGAGCAUUACCUACCACAGGCCCCGCCCGCACCGCGUCGGGCAGAGGGCCGGGCCACACCCACUUCUCUGCCCAGGGAGCGACAGAAUGAAAGAGAGAGAGAACGGCCUCCGUACAGCGAAGGAGAGGAAAGCGACAGCGGAGAGAGGAGUGAAGGGGAACUGGUGCUCCUGACAGACUGAAGGGGGGAGGGGGAGUGGGGAGAGGAAAAAAAUGAAAAUAGAGGGAGGGGAGGCAAGGGUAGCUGAGGAGAAAGGGGUGCUCUUUGUUGACUGACAGUCAGAGGUGAAGAAUGGAGGAUGAACCAAUGAAACAGGGAGGGACUGAGUUGUCACUGAAUGAGAAAAUUGCCCUUUUGUAAGGAAAAGUCAUACUUACUCCCUUGUAAAUUAGCUCAGUCCUCAGUGAAACCCUGCCUUACCCAUACACACAUAAAGGCAAGCUCUUAUCUUACUCAUUUCCCUUCAUAGAUAUGUCAUCAGCCGCUUUGUGUUAGAAUACAGAAAGUAUAUUGAAGUUAUAAUGUAGAAGACUUAUCCUUUAAUCCCUGGAGCUUCUUGUUUUCCUCCCAUGUUGACUUUUGGUGCACAAAAUGCCUCACAGGAGUUAGACUCAUUGGAGUAAGCUGUAAAAGGAACCACACAAGUUCAAUAGAAUCCUUGUUUAUACAUGUUAGUCAGCUGAUGGACCUUAGAGUGGCAAGUAACUUCCCGCUAGUUAGAGCAGCAGCACUGUGAUGGAGCUGAGUGUGUCAUCAGUAUGCAAGUACUGGCCCCUGCUGGUAAAGACUUGUUAUUACUAAAUGAAGAAUCCCAGCAGCCCUGAAUAAACAUUAGCAGAGCUCCUGUCUGGGUAUUUUCUUCAGAUUUACUUCAUAUUGUCUGGAUAGUGUUCCAACUAAAAUUUGGCAAGUUAUGACAAUAAAAGUCAAAUUUUAUCUUGAAGUUGGCAUCUUAAAGUAAAGAUUGAGGGGGAAAGGGGAGAUUAAAGGUUUCUCCAGCAAUUUGGUAUUGCACUUCCAUAAAGUUUAAGGACUUGAAAGAAAGUAGUAGUAAUUUACCUGAUGACAUCAUAAGGGUAAUUUUUCCAGACUUUUUCUGGUGCCAUCCCUCCAUAGCCACAGAAGAAAUCAUGCAGCCGUUUUCACAGGCUGACUAGUAAACUGAACUGAACUGUAAAAAUCGCUGGAGUUCCCAGUAACGUAAAAGCAGCAUUCAGGAACAUUGCUCACUUUAAGCUGAUAUAAUGUGUCUUUAAAACUGCCUCACUGAAAAAAAAAAUCAUGGCAGCUGUAAGCCAUUGCUCCACUUUAAUUUAGUGCAUCUAAAGGAGAGGCCGGAUCUUUAAGUGACUUCUUUGCAACAGAAGUGUGUUUGUCACCACCAGUGGAAUAAAUAUUCCAGUUAAGGGAUCUCUCAGUGCACCUAAUGGUUUUCAAUAAGGGUGCCCAUGAAAUUACAGAUAAUACACCGUAAAUCAACAAUCAAAUCCUCCUCUUCCUCGUCCUCCCUCAUCACACUGUUCGGUUGAGCUGUGCUGUAUAUGCUGUAUUUGUGUGUCUAUCAGUUCCCUCUCCAUAGCAUGGUGGGUUGACCUCAGCCUUGCCUAUUUUUUUUUAUACCUCUGUGUUUGCUUCUUUGAGUGUUUAUUGAUUGUUGUGUUGAGCACCUCCUCUCUGUGUAUUCAAAUGUCUGCUGUUGUUUCCUUUUGAGAUACAGCCUCCUACAGCACUGCAGAACAUUUCCACAUACGUACAUCUUUUUUUUUUUUUUUUUUACCUUUUAUGUGUGAACUUUGGGGAAAAAAAGGGUAA